AUGACCACCUCUGCCAACGGUCAAGCCCCGCGAGCCAUUACCAAGGCCGACCAUGCGCCACUCUUAGUUCUGAACAACGAGUACGCCAUGGAGCUUUCCUACCAAACUCCCGAGCAGUUCACCGAGCUGCUGGACUCGGCAUGGUUGACGCGGACGAUCGGCAACAACGAGGCCCUGCUCGUUGCGUUUGACCAAGACUCCAAGUACGACAACCCCAACUUUGCAUGGCACGCUGCCCGGGCACCCCGCUUUGUCUACAUUGACCGCGUCGUCUCUGCAGUUCAAGGUCGUGGCGAUGCGCGCCGGCUGUACGAAGACUUGAGGGCGCAGGCAAAGGCGGCAGGGCACACCAAGUUGGUUUGCGAAAUCAACGUCGACCCACCAAACCCGGCGUCCACCGCCUUCCACGCGCGCUUUGGCUUCACCGAGGUGGGACGCGGUGUCCUGGCCAAUGGCAAGACGGUGGGAUACUUCGAGGCCCCCCUGUAG